UCGUGCUCGUGCCCGCGCCCGUGAUUCACUUCCAGGAACCGGGACCUGACUCAGAGGCGAAGAGAAACUGGGAGCACCGGGAGAGGCUGUCCCAGGGAGCUCGGGUGCCCUGUGCCCUCGUGCGAGACACGCUCGCGCUCGCACGGGGGCUGUGUGCGGGCACAAGCAGCAGUGCGGGGCGGGGGGCAGGCAGCUGUUCCCCCUGCGCCCCCCCGCACCAAACCCCAGGGCCUCUUACAACAGCGAUGAGGUCAUCGCUGAGGGGGCGGGGCUUCAGCCUAUAUAGCCCCAGCCCCAAGUGCUGACCCCAGCUUCUGCCUGCUCCUCUCUGGGGGUCCCACUGACAGCGCAGCCCCCAGCCCCCACGGCCACGCCAUGAGCUCCCUCCUGGAUGUCAAGGCCCUGUGCGAGAGCCUGCACAGCGCCUGCCUGUCGGACGACGACGAGGCCCCGCGACGCCGCCCGUCCUCCUGCUCCGGCCCGGCGGAGCCGGCCUGGCCCCCGCGCAGCCCCUGGAGCCCCGUGCCCGCCCGGGGGGGCCCCGGUGCCAGCUUCCGAGCUGACCGCUCCAUCAGCCUGCCCCCGCCGCCGCCCGGCUUCGCCCCGCUGCGGCCCCCGGCCUCCCCGCCGCCGCCGGCCCCGUCGUCGCGCUACAAGACGGAGCUGUGCCGCACCUUCCGCGAGACCGGGCGCUGCAAGUACGGGGCCAAGUGCCAGUUCGCCCACGGGCCGGGGGAGCUGCGGGCCCUGGCGCGGCACCCCAAGUACAAGACCGAGCUGUGCCACAAGUUCUACCGCCUGGGCCAGUGCCCCUACGGCGCCCGCUGCAACUUCAUCCACCACCUGGACGAGGAGCGGAGCUGGUCCGGCAGCUCCCCCCCAGCGCUGCCCCCGCUGCGCCAGAGCCUGAGCUACUCCGGGACCCCGCAGCGCCGCCCCUCGCCCCCGCCCGGCCUGCCCGACCCGGCCGGCUUCGCCCGCGCGCCCUCGCCCGUGUGCCGCGGGGCCACGCUGGGGGAGACCCCGCUGGGCAGCGGGGGCUGCCUCUGCUCCUGCCUGGGCCACGCGGCGCCGUUCUCCUGGGACUCGCUGGUGUCGAACCCGCCGCCCGAGCUGCUGGCGCUGCUGCCCCGGGCGCCCUCGUCCACCUCGCUCUCGGACCGCGACGGCGACAGCAGCGGCUCCGAGUCGCCCGUCUUCGAGCCGCCUGCCACGUGCGGGGCCGGCGCCCGGCGCCUGCCCAUCUUCAACCGCCUCUCGGUGUCCGAGUGAGCCCCCGCCCCCCCCAGCUGUGGAUCCAGAUGUUGCACGGGGCAUGGGGGGCAAAACCUAGUGCCCCCCAGCUCCCCAUGUGCCCGGGGACCAGAUCCCCCCUAUCCCCAUCCUCAUGAGCUCACCAGUGCCUUGGCGGAAGGAGGCGGGGCAGGGGCCACGGCCACUCCUUAUUGGGUGCUCUUACUUUUGGGGGGCUGGCUUCCCCCCGGACACACCCACUCCUAUGGAAGUGCCUUGUUGAUGCCACCUUUUGGCCUUGGAGAGGGGGACUUCCCCCACACCCCGCCCAGUGCGUGGGGGUCCCGAUCCUGCCAGGGGCUGGAUUGUAGCUGGUAUGUAGCAUUUUUGGGGAGACCCCAUUGGAGAGGGGGGUCUCCCGUGUUUUCCCCCCUGCCCCUUUUGUGCCACCCCUUGCCCAUCACCUGCUGUGAAUCUCCCAGGCAGGGCCUGGCGGAGCCUGGGUCGGUACCGUAUCUUCUCACCUACAACGCGCACCUUCCUCCCCCCCCCCCCCCCAAAAUCAGCUUCCAGCAUUGGGGGACACUGGGGGUUCCCCCUGCCCCCCCCCCACCAUGGCAGCAGGGACUGAAUGGAGGUGUGUGUUAUACAUGAAGGGCGCGUCGUAGGCCAGGAAAUACGGCUGCAUUGAACGUGCUUGAAGGAUGAGACCUGGAGCCCUUGGUGGGGGUCUUGGCCCUGGGAUCAGCCCUUGUGUCCCGAGAUAAUGUCGUUCUGGGCAAAACCCAGGGGUCCAGUCCGGUUAUCCCGCCCCCCCCACCCCUCCCCAGGGUACCUGGUAUCCUCCAGGAGGGGCCUGGAAAGGACCAGGCCUGGCGGGGUUUGUGCACCUCUGAGCCCGGUCACAGCCGCCACCCUCCCUGCCGUCGCAGCAGGGGUUUGUGUAUGUGGGGGGGUAUCUCAAUAGCCGCCCCCGCGCCCCCUUCCCUGAAACACUGGAGCCCGUCGGAGGGGGAAAUCGCGAGCCCAGCGCGUAAUCAUGAGGUCUCUGAAUCAAGAUCCCUCGGGGAUUUUUCAAGGCCCUGCCUCUUUGGGGGUCUCCCCCCAGAAAAGGGGGGCUUUGAAAUGUGCCUUAACCCCACAGAUCUGAACUCGGACCCCCUCCCCGUCCCCGACUCACUUGGGGCAAGCUCAGCCGCCCCCGUACCGAAACCUGCCCCCUCCCACGCGUCCGUUUUUUAAAUCCAAGCCUCUCACCGGGCAGGAGGAACAAGAACCCCCCCCCUCCCCGACCUAUUUAUAGCCCCUUAUUUAUUUCAGACAGAAUUUUAUAUGCUAUUUAUCUCUCGGGGGCUUCAUUUGUUGUUUUGUAAUUUACCAAAAUAAUAUAUAUAUAUGACUCGACAGUCUAUUUUCUGUGUUAAAAGUGCUAGGAGCUGUCGCGCGAGAAAUAUAAUGUUUACAACCCACAAGAA